UGGGAGAGCUAACAGAUGGCAAAAACCUGUUGAAGAGACAAGCAACAGACAACAAAGAGGAUGCAGUGCCCAACCUUUCAGAAAAUAGGACCAUUGAGAGUGUGUACGUUGAGGUGGCAGCCUUAGAGAGAGGAUGCAGUUAUGAAAUCAUAGGGGAAUAUAAGCAGGAGGCAGAAAAAAAAGCAGAGGAGGAAAAAAAAAAUUGAAAAAGUAGAGCAUUGAAGGAGAGUCCUAACCUCUCGAAAGUUGGUGGAAUUGUUCUUGAUUUUUGUUAUUAUUUUUUUUCUGUAAUGUCUCUUAAAUAGUGAUUGUGCUAGCAUUGAGCUUAUAUGAACCAGGUUGAAUUCACUUUGAAGUACUUAUUAAUACAAGAAAAACUAAUUUGAUUACUGUUACAUUGAGUUACAUUAGAUUUACACUCAGCAGUGUUAUCUACAUUACAUUCUCACACUUUCUGCAUCUAUUUCUCACGUUGGUUUCUUCAUUCACUGGAGUUGGAGCAGACAGCUUGUUGUGGCAGAGUCAGGUUCCUAUCACACCCACAUUCCUAAUUUUUCUUCUGCCCCUUCUGCACUCCCACCUGCUCCCUUUUUCUCCCUUUCUUCAACUAAUCUUUUCUUCUUUUCCUCUAAUGUUGUGUCAUGUAUCCCUUUCUCCUGUUGCUGACUUGUUGGUAGAGUUGAGGCCAUCUUGUCUUCCUGUUUGCUGCCAACUGCCGUCCUCUCUUUAUUUUCUUUUUUCCUACAUGAGAUAUAAACAUUAGUCCUAACAGGGAGAAACUGCUUUAAAUGAUAACAGCUCAAGAUCACAUCAGAUAAUCAGAUUGGUAGGCUUAGCAUGUCCAUAUAUAAUUUUGUUAAUUUUUCUCACAUAGCGCAUAAUUUUCAUUUGGUAUCUUAGUCUGGUUGCUUUAGGUUUUUGCGAUAAGCUGUAACAGAUUCUAUCAUUUGCAAGGCAUGGUUUAAUUUUGUUGACAUGUUGCUUAUAUUUCCUUCAUUUUUACAAUUAUGGCUGCUCUAGGUUUUUCCAAUUAACUGAACUAUUUUCUAUGAUUUGCUAUUAUCGAAUACUGAUUCUGGGGUAAGAAUGAGGAAUUUUUUAUAUGCUGGUAAUCUGUAGACCUUAGUGUCUAUUUGGAACCAUCUUUCAAUGGCCAGUUGGUGAGGAAAACUGUGUUUAGGUACUUUUUGGUUCAUUUAGAUCUCUUUUUUCCUUAAUUUUUAAUUUUCUCUUAAUCAAUUUGGUUAAUCAAAUUAUGGGUGAAAUCAUAGUUCAUAAGACAUGUGCUUCAAGUAAGUAAUAUUCUUUUGCUAACCCUGUAUGUCAAUGCAAGUAUGAGAUAGUUCUUAUUUUUUUCCUUUCAUUUUAUAGUUUACUUGCAGCCACCAUGGAGUUAGAGUUUAUCAUUAUUUUUUAAUUGUAAUCACAAGUUACUUUUCUGGUUUGGAAUCAUGUAUUACAUUUUAGUUCAUAUGCAAUGCAUAGUGUUAACAUGUUCUGUUGAUGGAUCAUGCCUAUUUCAGACCAUCGAGAGUAGUCUUCGGGCAAAUUCGGGCCAUGUAAAGUCAUUCUUAGCAAGUUUGGUAUGCUUAUUAGGCUCAUCUUAUAUAAGAUUCUUGUAUCAACGAGAGUGUUGAUUGAAGUGCCAUAAAAUUUGUAGAAUCUCGUGGACCUUGCGGGAAGUGAACGUGCCUCUUGAACAAAUGCAGAUGGAAUAAGGCUUAAGGAAGGCAGUCACAUCAACCGCAGUUUGUUGACACUUAAACAGUUAUCAGAAAGCUGAGGUGAGCUGGAGCAAAAGAUCGAUAAUGAAACAAUUUGUUUCAGUUACAUUAUAUAUACAGUCUGCAUGGCUUGUGUCCCAGUAUUAUGUUGUCUGUUUUUUUUUUUUUUUUUUUGCAAGAGGCAUAAAAUUUGAAAGUUCAGUUUGCCAAAGAGCAAAUGAUCUGGUAAAAAGUAUCACAUAUGAUAUUUAUUUGAGUUUUCUUUCAGUGGUCUGUUGAGUUACUGAAUGGCCAGUUUGUUGCAAAGAUCUUUUGUGUGUGUACUUUGCCUUAACCAUGAGCCAAUGCCUUUGGUUGAUGUAUUUGGUCAAAGUUUUAGUGUAUAGGAUUUAUCGUCUAGCUUGGUUUUUCUGUUUGCAGUGGUGGAAAAAGAAGCGGUCACAUACCUUACAGAGAUUCAAAACUUACUCGUAUAUUGCAGCAUUCACUUGGUGGAAAUGCUCAUACAUCAAUUAUAUGUACAAUCAGUCCCUUUUUGAGUCAUGUUGAGCAAACAUAAAAUACGCUUUCAUUUGCAACUAGUGCGAAAGAAGUUACCAACAAUGCCAAAGUGAACAUGGUAUAAUCUUCAAUCCAUGUUAGUUUUAUUAUAUUUGGAAAUAUUGGACACUGUUUUGCACUUUUAUCUAUGGGACUAACAGUGAGACCUCUAAAUUCUCUUGUAAAAAUGUCCUUGUUGUUUCCCAUUAACCUGUCCUUAACUUUUAAUAGAUAUCCUGGUAAUGCCAUGCAAUAAAACACUAGUGUUUGCGUGCUGGUUCUCCAUGUUGUCACUAGAUGUACAGGCCUUUCACUGUUGAUGUCUUUCUAUGUUGGGAUGAUCUUUUUAUUCAGGUUGUUUCAGAUAAGAGACUGGUAAAGCCUUCGCAGAAGGAAUUGGCCAGACUUGAAGCUGAGUUACAAAGUCCAGACCCUUCCUCCUCUCCAUCCUUCAGGUCUCUGUUAAUGGAAAAGGAUCAGAAAAUUCAGCAGAUGGAGAGAGAAAUGAAAGAGCUUAGGUGUCAAAGAGACCUUGCACAAUCCCAACUGGAACUAGAAAGAAGGGCACAUAAAGAGCUGAAGGGUUCAAACCAGUGUAGGCCUUCUUAAACAGCCAGGUGUCUUUCCUUUCCUGUGGAAAAUGAAACAAAUAAACCUUUAUAAGAUAUUAAACCUAUAAAUGCUGUUGGAAAACGUGCAAUGGUGAGACAGUCAGUUACUUCAACUGAUCCAUUGAUGCUUAUGCAUGAAAUUCGAAAACUUGAGCAUCGGCAGAGGCUACUUGGUGAGGAAGCAACUCGAGCACUUGAAGUACUUCACAAUGAGGUUGCUUCCCAUCGUUUGGGGAGUAAAGAAACAGCUGAAAGCAUAAUGAGGCCGUUGUCUGAUAUUAAGGACAUGCAAACAGUUGGCUCCAUUCCUGAAGAUAUUGUUAUAGAAGAGAAAGCUAACCUGAAGGAAGAACUCACUCGAUUGAACUCUCAAGGGAGUGUGAUUGCUUCUUUAGAAAGGAAGCUUGAGAAUGUUCAGAAAUCUAUGGACAUUCUCAUGUCAUCUUUUCAGAACAGCCAGGAGAUUCUAGGGUCUAAGACCCCAGAGUUCAAGAUUCAAUGCAAGAAGAAGAAAAUGCAUCCUUUCUCCUUGAACAACAGUGCAAACAUGCAAAAUCUAUUACGGUCUCCAUGCUCACCACUAUCCUCCUCCGGGAAGAUAAUGGAACAUGAGACUGAGAAUAAGACACCUGACAAUAAUAAUAUGGUGGUGCCUCAUAGCAAUAUAUUGCCUCAGUCAUUUGUUGAUACCCAUAUAAAGGGUAAUGAGAAAGGUGACUCCAUCUCAGCAAGGGAGGGAACUCCAAUGCAGCAAACAAAUUCUGUUGAUGUGAAGAAAAUGCAGAGGAUGUUCAAGAAUGCAGCUGAGGAGAACAUUUGCAACAUUAGAGCUUAUGUUUCAGAGUUAAAAGAACAGGUGGCAAAGCUUCAAUAUGUUAGGAACCCGGAAAUGUCUCUCCAGAAACCAGCAGAAACAAGUCUCCUCAACUGCAAAACUAACCUCAGAUUCUAGAAUCCAAACCAAGAUUCAGAAUACAAACAAUGGAAGUAAGUUGUAAUUAUAGAUAUUUGUACGUAAAAUGUAGAACCAACAACAAUGGGAUAAACAAAGAUUUUGUAUUGAACACUUGAGAAAUAAAAUACAGAUUGUUCAGAUUAACUUUCUGACAUAUUUACUUUUAUUAAAAACAAAUCACAGAAAACAUAAUUACUAAG